AUUAUAAAUAGGAGCAUAGCUUCCCUUCCUAGAUAGAGAAAGCUAUUGCUGAUAAACCAAGGCUGAAAAUUAACAUAAAACGUGUGUGAGCACUGCGAGACUGCAGCAGGUAAUAUAUACUAAUUAUUAAUCACCCCUGAUCACCAUUGUUUUAUUUAUCGCCGAAUUACAGAGAACUGAAAACUCUAAUUCUCCAAUUUAGCUGUAGUCACAGCUCGGCUAUAUUAGCCUACAUUUUGCAUUUCAGUUUAUAAUACAUUUCAAUUCUGUGUUUAGUGAAUAACAACCUGUAUAAUAUUGGGAAAAUACCUCCUCCCAUCUUCUUUUUGUUUAUUCUGAUACGUAUUAGGUAUUAUUAAUUAGAAAAUAACAGAGUUGUAACAAAGAAUAAAAGUUAUAUGUGUGGUCAUUUAUUGAGAACCUUAGCAUGCCUGCAUUUUGUGGCGUGAUCAGAAAAUACAUUCUUGUUUCCCCUUUAUCACUCUCUCUGCCCUGCAAUUAAGGACUAUAAUCGUUGGUGAUAAAUAAUAGCUUUACACAAAAUUAUUAAAUAUUAUGAUGAUUUUUACUGUAAUGCUUUAGUUACAAUUACUAAAUACAAUAAUUGUGUAAUAUGCAAAAUAAUUUUAUUGUAUUGCUUUGUGUUUAUUAUGUAACGGUUGCUGUUAUAAUUAACCUCCUCUAUACCAGAAAUACAUAGUUCUGUAAUAGCAAAAAAAAUGCUUUAAUCUAUUUGUGCAUGAUGCACGGUCAUUGCAUUUGUUGUAAUCAUUGUAAGUAUUGUUUCUUUAGAAUAUUGCGAUAAUUGGGAUUGAUAGCCUAUUGAUUUAUCGCUUCACAAAUAUAAUGAUUAAUCUGUACAAUAGAAUUAACAGAGACAUAUAUUUGGGGCAUUUACCAUUAUUACCUUAAAAAGAUUAUAGAGAAGAUAGUUCACAAAGUUCUAUUGAGCCAAUAUUAUCCAUCAAUGCUCUAUUAUGGAGAUUUAUCAAAGUGUUCUUUUCUACAAAGUGAUGGAAAAAUGUAAAAGGGAAGGAGUCUCCAAUGAAAUGUACCUGUUGUUUUUUCUGGUUUCCAUAGUGAUUGCCCCACUUUUAGAACUUUACACCACUUUUUAGAACGGAACGCUUUAUAAAUCUCUCCCAAAGUUUUGUAUUUACAGUUUGGAUUAAAUGUUUACAUUUUUAAAGGUUUAUAUCCAAAUACAAUCACAGAUAGUGAGCUUCUGGAUUAAUACUGCUCACUAAUCAUCAAUGAUUAAUUAUGGGAUUGAUUGCGCCAUUUAAAGGGCCAGAAGCAGACUUAUUUAGGUCAUGCCGCAGUAUUGUAAAAAUAAUUUAAUUAUAUUUUAUUCCCGUAGUCACAUAAAAUUCUGAAGAACUACAUACACUUAAUAAAUGAAACAGAGUUGUGCUGAAGGUUUUGAGAGCUCUGCCCAAAAGCUUACAAUUUAAAUUCCACUAAUGCUUUGAUAUAAGUGAAGACAUACUAUAACAGUAGUACUAUAACUGGGGAGAAUUGGCAAGGCAAUUUAACAUUUUAGACCAAAAUAGACAAAUUGGAAAAAUUCUUUAAAUCUCUUGAUUUUUCCAGAUCACCCUUCCUGUCCUGAAAUCCCUCUUUUAGAGACUAAUGCGGUUACAAUGCAUUUGAGAUGCUGCAUUGCCAAACUACUGAGAUGAGACGGGAAGUGUAUGUACAUAUCAAUCAGGGUGUUUCACUAAAGUGAGCGCUUUUGAUAAUGGAAAGUGAAUUCAAAGAGAAUUUGAAUUCCUGACAAUUCCUCCUUAGGGUAAAUACCCUGAAAUACAUUGCCAGGGUCCUUUACUACAUUUUUAAUUGCUAUGAAAAUCAAAGUGAAUUUCAAAUUUUAGCCAAUAUAACCAAACUGGAAAAAUUCCUGGGAAAUAAAGUUUUCAGUUUGCCGAAUGUGUCUGAAAAAUCGAAAAUUCCUUUGUCAAUGCUCUCCAGUUCCUUGUUUGUCGAACGAACCCCAUACGUCCUCUCUCUCUCGUUCUCUCUGUGUAUUUGUCUUCCUGCAAUGCUGCAUGUUUUAUAUCCCUGUUUAUCUGAAUAGGAAUCUCUGCACGCACACUAUCUCUGCUCGUGUCCCUAUACCUGCUCUGUGUAUCAGUGAUUGCCAUUGUAUCUCUGUAUAAUGUAUCUUUCACAGCACCGUUGCUGUCGCCUAUCUCACUGCUUCUCAUAUCUUAUCACCUGCAUCCACACUCUCCUGUAUUGUUAUAUAUGCCAGUUUGCAGAUCCUUCAAUAUCCACAGGGUCUUCCCAUCAUUAGCUCUUAUCAGACAGGUAGCGUCCUCUAAGGCAGAUCAAUCAUGCCUGUGGGAAUGUACACUAACGGUACAUCUUCCCCAUCCCAGAAUCAAUCACCCACUAAGAUGUUUUUAUCUGGAUGCUGAGGGCACAGGAAAUACUCUAUUUAUCUGACACUGUGAACUGUAAAACUGUCCAUUAUUAUACCAAGAUUUAACCCUAUCACAGUUAUAUUUCACAUUUACAAAAAACAAACACGCAAAAAAAAAAAUCCAAUCAGUAUUUAGAAAUUGCCAGUUUCUGAAUCCUGCCUAAUGCGUUAGACUUGGGGAAAGGGUUUAUUUACAAAAUAUUGAAUCGUGGUGUUUGAGUUGAAAACUGAAUUGCAAAAUUUAGGUAAAAAGUGCUAAUUUAAAAAAAUAAAUUAAAAAAAUCUCAAACUCGGCUGUAUAGUCACAGCGAGGCUAUUUUAGAGUAAAUGUUGCAAUUUAAUGUAUAGUGAAUUAACCAGUGUAUGUUAAACAACUGCUUGUUCUAGUAUGAUUGACGUGCAUUGCAAUUUGUAUUUUGAAGUUAGAUGCUAGUUCCAUAUAUGAAGCCGGCCAUCAAUAUAAUUUUUUAUUUCCAAUGUAUAAAUUCAUAGUCAGAUAUAAGACAGAUCAUAAAUCAUCUCAAGGAAAGCAAAGGAAAGCAAAGUUAUAAUUUCUAAGAAAUAUAAGGCAGUAGGAAAAGUCUUCUAGGGGGUCUUUGCAAUGAAAGAUAAGAUGAUUAUUGUUGGAUAAACUAUACCAAAGCUCUCCUGGAAUCUCCGCAGGUUGACUAGACAGGGAUCCCUGAAUAGAUUGAUGUUAAACCUAUGGGGAGGGUGACGUAUGAGCUAAAGCCUAAAUUGAUCUCUAAUUUUAGUGGUAAACUUUAUAAUAUAAACGUAAACUAAAAAUUGUGGUGUAUUAUUUGUAUCCAUACCUAUCAGAGUUAUUUACUAAAGUGAGAACUGUUAGAAAUACAGAGUAAAUUCAAAGGGAAUGUUUCUAAUGUGACUACUUUGGUCUUGAAUUUGAAAUUCAUUUGAAUUCACUUUGAAUUACUGACAAAUCUUACGUUAGUAAGUAACCAUUUUAGCCUUUUUUUUUGUAUUUUAAUUUCAUGUGUUAUAUUUGUGAAAAUAUUAUUUUUUAAUUUCCUUUGAUUUCUUUUCUUCUUUUUUGUAGUGUGUGGGGACAUGGAGGGCCCUUUGCUCAGUUUGCCCCUGCAGCAUGCAAUACCAUUCCCGAUGGACCGUCCAUACGCAAAGUUUUCAGACUGGAAAUUUAAGUUGUUUCGGGUGAAAUCCUUAGAGAGAAGUUCAUCAGAAGAAGAUUCAAGUCAAGCAUCAUUUACCAGCUCUCAGGAAAUGUAUCCUGAUACCCAAAUUAACUCAGAGGACCUGAAUGUGGAGGCUGAACCACUGUCAAUUGUUGAUUACAAAUGGAAAGAGGAAAGUGUGAAUGAGAAAGAGGCAGAAUUGAAAAGAUUGGAAGAAGAAGCCCACACAACUUUUUUGCAACAACUCUGCCGCAUCUGUGGAGUUUCCUUUAAAAUGGAUCAACAGAAUAGAAGUUAUCCUGUCCACGGUCCAGUGGACAGUGAAACCCAGGAAGUUCUCAAACGAAGAGAAAAGAAAGCCACCUCCUGGCCAGAUCUCAUCUGCAAAGUGUUCAAAAUAGAAGUACGAGCUGAUCUAGACACAAUUCAUCCAACUAAUUUUUGUCAUAACUGCUGGAUUAUUAUGAACCAGAAAUUCAGUCAUAAUUCUAGUGAAGUUUAUUUUCCUCGCAACAAAGUCGUUGAAUGGGUGCCUCACUCUGAGACAUGCAACGUCUGCAAGUCUGCCAAGACAUGGGGAAAAAGGAAAGGAGGACCUCUUACAAAUCACCAGCAUGUCAAAAAAAUUAGGAAGGGAACGGAGUUUGUGAAAAAGAACAAAAACCCAAAUGGAUCUUCUCACUGGAAGAACAACAAAGCUCUCAUUCAGAUAAGAGCUAAUUGCAAGAAAAUACACCUUGACACCAACAUUUUGGUGGUGGACUAUCCUUCUGACUUCAUUAAGUCAAUUUCAUGUCAACUGUGUGAACAUAUUCUCUCUGAUCCUGUGCAAACUUCAUGCAAACACUUGUUCUGUAGAAUUUGUAUUCUCAAAUACAUAAAGAUAAUGGGAUGCUACUGUCCUUCUUGCAAAUACACAUGCUUCCCUACUGACCUUACAACCCCUGUGAAAUCAUAUCUCAACAUUCUAAAUUCCUUAGUAAUAAAAUGCACAGUUGCCGGGUGUGAAGAAGAAAUCCUCUUAGGAAAAUAUACUCAUCACAUCUCCAAACACAAAGAUAUCAAAGGAAAAGAGGCCUAUGCUCAUGUUAACAAGGGUGGUCGACCCAGACAGCACUUGCUCUCGCUGACAAGGAGAGCUCAGAAACAUCGUCUACGGGAGCUGAAGAUGCAAGUAAAAGCUUUCUCUGACAAAGAAGAAGGAGGUGAUGUUAAAUCUGUGUGUCUAACACUUUUUCUCUUGGCCUUGAGGGCCAAGAAUGAGCACAGGCAAGCAGAUGAGCUGGAAGCAAUCAUGGAAGGAAGAGGGGUAGGUCUCCACCCAGCUGUUUGUCUUGCGAUCAGAGUUAAUACCUUCCUCAGCUGCAGUCAGUACCACAAAAUGUACAGGACUGUCAAAGCCACAACUGGUCGGCAGAUCUUUCAACCGCUGCAUUCACUGAGGACUGCGGAGAAGGCCUUACUCCCAGGCUAUCAUCCUUUUGAAUGGAAGCCACCACUUAAAAAUGUGUCCACCAGUACAGAUAUUGGGAUAAUCGAUGGACUUUCUGGGCUUAAUAGAUCGGUGGAUGAAUACCCAGUGGAAGCAAUUUCUAAAAGGUUUAGAUAUGAUGCAGCUCUGGUGUCCACUUUAAAAGACAUGGAGGAGGAUAUUUUGGAAGGUUUAAAAUCUGAAGAUCUGGAUGACUAUCUGUCAGGUCCUUUCACAGUGGUGAUUAAAGAGUCCUGUGAUGGCAUGGGUGAUGUUAGUGAGAAACAUGGGUGUGGACCAGCAGUACCUGAAAAGGCAGUUCGAUUCUCAUUCACAAUCAUGACAAUCAGCGUUACCAGUGACAAUGGCCCUAUUCGAAUUUUUGAGGAAGCUAAACCAAACUCUGAACUUUGCUGCAAACCACUUUGCUUAAUGCUCGCUGAUGAAUCAGACCACGAGACUCUGACCGCCAUCUUGAGUCCAAUUGUAGCAGAAAGGGAAGCCAUGAAAACCAGUGAUCUACUGUUAGAGAUAGGAGGAAUCCUACGAAAUUUUAAAUUUGUAUUCCGUGGUACUGGCUAUGAUGAAAAGUUGGUGAGAGAAGUGGAAGGAUUGGAGGCUUCAGGCUCACAUUAUAUCUGUACAUUAUGUGAUUCUACUCGCUUAGAAGCAUCCCAGAAUAUUGUCUUCCAUUCCAUAACAAGAAGCCAUACUGAGAACCUACAGCGUUAUGAGACAUGGAGAGCCAACCCGUACCAUGAAUCAGUUGAUGAAUUGAGAGACAGGGUGAAAGGUGUCUCUGCAAAACCCUUUAUUGAAACCCUGCCAUCCAUAGAUGCAUUGCACUGCGACAUUGGAAAUGCAGCUGAGUUUUAUAGAAUAUUUCAGCUGGAAAUUGGAGAAGUCUACAAAAACCCCAAUGCCACCAAAGAAGAAAAAAAGAGAUGGCAAACAACUCUGGACAAACAUCUUAGAAAGAAAAUGAAUCUUAAGCCCAUAAUGAGAAUGAAUGGGAACUUUGCUAGAAAACUUAUGAGCAAAGAGACUGUAGAUGCUGUUUGUGAGUUAGUCUGUGACGAGGAGAGAAAAGAUGCGCUCAGAGAGCUCAUGGACCUAUAUCUUAAAAUGAAACCAGUGUGGCGAUCUUCAUGUCCAGCCAAAGAAUGCCCAGAACUUCUUUGUCAAUACAGCUUCCACUCACAGUGCUUUGCAGAACUUCUAUCCACCAAGUUUAAAUACAGAUAUGAGGGCAAGAUUACAAAUUACUUUCACAAAACUCUAGCCCAUGUUCCAGAGAUCAUUGAACGAGAUGGCUCCAUUGGUGCUUGGGCCAGUGAAGGCAAUGAAUCUGGGAACAAACUGUUUAGACGUUUCCGGAAGAUGAAUGCUAGGCAGUCCAAGUUUUAUGAGAUGGAAGAUGUAUUGAAACACCAUUGGCUAUAUACAUCUAAAUACCUUCAAAAAUUUAUGAAUGCUCAUCAAGCACUGAAACACCAAGGUUUUACUUUAGAUCUAGAACAAACUACAGAGGUAGAAAAGAACAUAGAAUGUUCUAUAGAAUCUUUAGAAUCAAUGGAGCUAUGAGCUAAACUGGUAGAAAAUGUUUAUCUGGUUUCUUUAUCAUUCCUGUUUUGGGUUUGCUCUCUCAAUGUGAGUCCAGUUACUCAGAGAUGGCCAGUGUUAAAUCAAAGGCACAAUUCAAAGAGAUAGCAGUGUGAAUUCCACUUAUCUUAAGUCAGAAGAGUUCUGGGUACCAUGCUGGUAUGUUUAAAUCUUACCGUACAUGAGAAGAGUUUAAUAGAGAUAUAGUAUUAUAGAAUUUACAGUGGUUGAGAGAAUUGAGGUGUAAUAGUUGAGCGUCUAAAAAAAAUAAUUAAGGUGGUUUAUGGUUUGACAAAAAUGACAAAUGCUGUAAUUUUGGCAAUGAGAACUUUUACUUUUUAAAUAAUUUAACUGAGUAUUUUAUUCAAUCUACUUUAGAAUGGAAAGGUUUACAAUAAGGAGACUUACAUUUAAAGAACAGUGUAUAACAGCUUUGUUUUAUUUUUUAUUGAGAUUUUGAUUAAACUAAAUUUUUAUCUUUAACAAAUAAUGAUAGAUUAAAGUGUGAGUUGAUUAUGUUAAGUCUGACUGAUAACAUUUUCUGUCUGCAUUAAGAAAUAAUGUAGUAAAUCUUUACUAACAGAAUGAAUAACCACAAGUUGUUUUUGAGUUAGCAUUCUGUUUCCUUAGAAGUGUGUUAUAACCCCCUGCCAUCCUUUUUUUUUUUUUUUUUAAGUUUGCUAUAAUUUAUAGUAUUUCUUUAUAUAUAUCUUUUGUGUAUGUGUGCUUUUUAGACCCAGUAUAUUUUAGAUGAAAAUAAAUCAUGCAAAUCACUCCUCUAUGUUUUAUAUCCAUAAAAUAACCAAAAACUUACCCCAUUGAAAUUAUAUUUCUAAAUGAGUGAUUUCACCACGUUUUGCUAAAUUCACGAAUGAUCACUUUUGUACGAGUGAAUUGAAGCCAGGUCUGAUUCAGCAGGUCUCACUAACUUAAAGGACCACUAUAGUGCCAGGAAAACAUACUCGUUUUCCUGGCACUAUAGUGCCCUGAGGGUGCCCCCACCCUCAGGGUCCCCCUCCCGCCGGGCUCUGGGAAGAGGAAAGGGGUUAAAUAUUACCUCUUUCUCCAGCGCCGGGCGGGGAGCUCUCCUCCUCCUCUCCUCCUCCAAUCCUCCUCCUGGGCUGAAUGCGCAUGCGCGUCAGGAGCUGCGCGCGCAUUCAGCGGUCUCAUAGGAAAGCAUUUACAAUGCUUUCCUAUGGACGCUUGCGUGUUCUCACUGUGAUUUUCACAGUGAGAAGCACGCAAGCGCCUCUAGCGGCUGUCAGUGAGACAGCCACUAAAGCCUUGGAGGCUGGAUUAACCUAUUUAUAAACAUAGCAGUUUCUCUGAAACUGCUAUGUUUAUAAAAAAAAUGGGUCAACCCUAGCUGGACCUGGCACC